AUGCAAGAAUCUAGUACUAAACAUGUGGUUGAAGAGGAUAAUAUAACAAAUACUGGCGAAAAUGAAAAUAAUGACAUAACAGAGCCAUUACUAUUCUUUAAUUAUCAUGAAUUUUUAAGUGAGAAUUACAAAGUUCACCCAUCCUGUCGCCAUCAUUCUAAAGCAAAGUCUAUAGUUGUGAAUCAUUUUCCUAACAAUCAUGUUCCAAUCGAUUCUUCUACGUAUAGUGAUACUAGGAUAGUUAGAAUCCCAAGAAUUUUCAGCACGAUAGGGCUAUCUGAUAUCAUCCCACAGUUUUCAAAUUAUACUCCUGGUGCCGAGCCGGCAGCCAUAAAUGAUCAACAAGGAUUCAAUUUCAAACCUGUUGGUAUAUAUGACAAUAAUUCGUUUGGUGAGACAUCUGUUACGCCUUUAGUACCAGGUUAUUUGACUGAGGAGGAAUUCCAUACUAUAAUAGGUAACAUAAAUAAAUUUCUACACGAAGCAUUCAACCCUUACAAUAUCUGGAAUUUGUUUGACAGCAUACUUGAUCUCCUUAGUGCCAAUUUUUAUAAUAAAAUAAUUAAUAACUUCUUAGUGGAAAGUUAUUCCAAACGUAAGUUACUCCAGCUAGAAAUGUAUAUUGAAAAUGAUAUCAAUUUAGGCAUGUUUGCCAGCAGACCUGGCUUAAAGAUCCUUUCACCAAGGAAGAGUGGAUACCUAUCAGUAUGUAUCGAUUAUUAA